ACGAACGACAUAGGCGCACUCGCACCAUGAAUUGAAAUUUUACUUUUUCAGUUUGCAUAAUAAUGGCGCUGCUCUUCGACGAUAUCCUUAUCCAAGUCGGUAACUUCUCCCGUUUCCAACACAUUCAAUGGUUCCUCAUGAUCUUAGCCACCAUAACGCAAGCAUGGUACUCUUAUUUACCUAUCUUUACCGUGACUAAAGUAAAAGAUUCCGAGGUGCUGUGCUCUUCAAAUGCAAACAUAUCAGAUGGUUGCGAUGCAAACUGUACCACUAAGAGGUACGCCGUUGAUUUUACUUCGAUUGUGACGGAGUGGAAUUAUGUGUGUGGGGUGGACAAAUACAAGAUUCCUUUGACCAAGAGUAUAUUUUACGUCGGAAAGUUCUUUGGUGCCUAUAUGUUUGGAUGGAUCUCUGAUCGUUAUGGUCGACGUCCAGUCUUCUUCAUCACAGCUUUUAUACAAUUUGCCAGCUCAUUGGCGACCACAUUUGCUCCUGAUUAUUACAUGUUUCUCGUCAUGCGCUUGCUAAUUGGCCUAUGCAGUGGAGGUAACUUUAUGGUCGCGUUCUUGCUGGCAACCGAAAUGGUCGGAAUAAAAGAAAGAAAUUUACCGAAUGGUUUAAUGCAUGCAGGAUAUGGGGUUGGUUUAGCCCUUCAAGCUUUCUUGGCUUAUCUCGUUCGAGAUUGGAGAUAUUUCAAUUUGCUGAUCACAUUGCCUAAUAUCUUCUUCGUCCUUUAUCUGUGGUGGAUGCCAGAAUCACCACGAUGGCUUGUCGCUCGAGGACGGACAGACGAUGCUGAUAAAAUCCUUGAAAAGAUAGCAAAGCAAAACAAACAAACUUUCCAUAAGGAGAUGCACACAAAUAUGAUUCCAUUUGAUAAGGCAAUUUCGCAAAAAACCUAUCAUCUUGGACAUUUGUUCAGCACGAAACGUUUGGCAAAGAUAACGAUGAUUCAGGGAUUUGCUUGGUUGGUUGUUAGUCUGGUAUACUAUGGACUUGCUUUUAAUGUCGAUGAUCUUGCUGGCGAUCUAUACCUGAAUGCUGCUCUCUCUGGAAUGGUCGAGAUCCCAGCAUAUGCUCUUGCAACCGUUGUAGUCAACAAAUUUGGCAGACGAAUUCCUACAGUGAUAUAUUUUUCUGUCGGAGGUAUUGCCUUAUUAUCCACUCUCCCUAUAGUUCUAGAAGGAAAAGAUAAAGAGCUUAAAAAUUUAGUGGUGUCUUUCUCAUUGAUUGGAAAAUUUGCGAUAUCUGCAAGUUUCUAUCAAGUUUACAUCCAAACAGCCGAACUUUAUCCAACAGUACUCAGAAACAACGCAAUGGGUUUUGCAUCUUUAUGCGGAAGAAUUGGAGGAAUAUGUGCACCUUUCAUUGUGGAUGGAACACCAAAAUCGCUUCCCUUCGUUGUAUUUGGGACAGCUGGAAUAAUAGCUGGAGUCUUGUCAUUAAUGUUACCAGAGACGAAAGAUAAACCCUUACCGGAAAUGGCAACAGAUAACACAAACAAUAGCAAAUACGUCCAAGCAGAAAAAGAGGCGGAUACAACGUUAUAAGAGAUCAAGACAAUUUAGCGCUGUUUUAAAAUCUGUGUUUUUUAAAUUUUGAGAAAUCAAUCUGAAUGCUAGCGCGACAUACUUGAGCAAAGAACUUUAUACAAAUGUUUUUUUGAUUUUUAUCAUCAAAACUCAUCAAUAAUACCAAAAUCUAUUUCUCUAUCAAUAAUUCCCUUUACUGUAAAUAUAAGAUUGAAUUAUAACAUCUGAGAUCCUACCGUAUUUGAAAUUCCUGAAUGAGCUCUAAGAUCCAUGGUAGACUGUGUUGGCAGAAUCACAGGCUUUGAUGACUGCCAUCCAAGAAGACAAUGCUGAAAAAACUAUGUCACUUUAAUAAAUGCAACAAGUCUAAAACUUCUAAUAAAAAUAUAUUUUUUUUAUAAAUAUUCUUGCACAAUAUAUUAUUAAAGUUCUUGAAUCAUAAUAAA